AUGUCUUUGGGUAGUAUUCGUAUUGUGGCGGCCUUGCUUGUCGUUGCCAUCGUCUUGCAACGGUUUUUGCGGAAGGAUGAGCCGGUCAAGAAUGCGCCGCCGAUGGUGCAUGUCGCCGAGGAGGAGCUAAUUUAUUCUCCGAUUGAGUCUAUGACAAAGGCCUUGAGGGAGAAUGGACCCGUGGUGGGAGUUGAGCGGAAUGGCAAUGUUGAAUAUUUGGUCUCGAAAGAGUAUACGCGGAGGUUGCUGACGGAUGAGUCGGCUUUUAGUUUUGAGGUGGGAGUCGCCAAGGUCCUCGGUUUGGAUUUUGUGUUUAAUCUGCACGGGGGCUCGUUUUUGAGAGACAUGGACAGUCUGGUCAAGAACUAUUUGGCGAGACGGCUGAAUGAAAUUGUUCCCGAGAUCUGGCCGAUUUUUGAGCGCGGCGCAGGCAAGAUGGUCAAGGAUGGGGUGCUUCGACCCGUUGAUAUUCUGCCCUAUGCCCAGCAGACGAUGGGCCAGGUGUCGAUUAGGAUAUUUCUGGGCGAGAGUUAUGAUAACCCGCGAAAUGUAAAUUCGGUGGUUGAUAUUGCCGAGGAUAUAGCUGAGCUCUCGGGAAUUUUCAAGAAUACCUCAUAUCUACGCAACUUUCCCUUGCUCUGGCGAAUGGUUACCUGGAUCAAGCUGCUCUUCCGAAUCCCGUAUCACAUUGGACCGAGGUUCUUCUGGGAGAUGUGGACUGACGUUUCGCGACCCAGAAAGUCCAAGACAGAGGAUAAUACCAUCGUGACAUACCUCGUGAAUGAGUAUGCAGGCGAGAAUGGCUACAUAUCAGUCACUUCUCGCCUCUGGAUGAUAGUCUUACUCCUGGGAAUCAUUUUCGUCAGCCUACACCAAACCAUCACAAACAUCCUCUGGGUCACCUGCUUCCUAGCCAAACACAACGACAGCCAAGAUAGAAUCCGAGAUGAAGCCCGGCGCUUCAACAACGACGCCCACGACCAGGACAUUGCUUUCAAGGCCUUGCAAAAGUCAGCCAUUACGGAUUCGUAUGUCCGUGAGGUGAUGCGCAUGAAGGGCGACACGGCGAGUCUUGCGCGCGCAACCAUUAAAGAUGCCCAGCUGGGGCCAUAUAUGAUCCCCAGAGGUUCCAUCGUCAUCCCAGUAACGUAUCUUUCCUACCGAUCGCCAGACUUCCACCCCAACCCGCAGGAGUUCAACCCCCUGAGAUGGGUUGGCAGUGGACGCUCCGCCGCAACCACUGGCCCGGGAUAUCUCGUCUUCGGCCUAGGACGGUGGUCUUGUCCAGGGCGAGUUCUCGCUGCGAAUGAAAUUAAAUUAUGGCUCAUGGCGUUGGUUAAGUGCGGACGCUUCAAGCUUCAGGGGGACAAGUACGUGGUUCCUGAUCCGCACAACGUCACGAGUGUGCCGCCGAUUGGGCGGCUUAUGUUUGAUGAGAUGAUGUAG